AUGACGACAACUUUGGUGAGCAAUGGAACUGUCGAUAUUCGCGGACAAAUUGCCGACAAGCGGAAAACUGGAGGGUGGAAAGCUUCUCCUUUCAUUAUAAUGAACGAGGUGGCAGAGAGAUUAGCGUUUUAUGCAAUCGCGGUGAACAUGGUGUCGUACUUGGUCCUCGAAAUGCGACAAUCACUUCCGGAGGCCUCAACUCACGUCACAGAUUGGAUUGGAGCGGCCUUUGUUCUCACCCUUCUUGGCGCGUUCUUGGCUGAUGCUUACUUGGGCCGCUUUAAAACCAUCAUCGUCUUUUCCUGUAUCUAUGCAGUGGGAAUGGUCCUACUAACCCUAUCAGCCUCCAUAGAUGGCCUCCGACCACCGCCAUGCACGGCAAAGCCGUGCCAGAAGGCCUCCAACUCGCAGACUGCGUUCCUCUACACCGCCCUAGGCCUGAUCGCCCUGGGGACGGGGGGUAUCAAGCCCUGCAUCUCCUCCUUUGGGGCCGACCAAUUCGACCAGGCCGACGGGAAGGAAGUCCUGAAGAAGUACGCCUUCUUCAACUGGUUCUUCUUCGCCAUCAACACGGGGGUCCUCAUGGGCAUCACGGUCUUGGUGUACGUACAAGUGAAGAGAGGUUGGGUCUGGGGGUUCGGGGUUCCAACCGGGGCAAUGAUCAUGUCGAUCGCGGUCUUGGCGUGUGGCGUCAAGUAUUACCGGUUUCAGAAGCCGAUGGGGAGUCCGUUCACAAGGUUCGUGCAGGUGAUGGUGGCCUCGGCGAGGAACCACUGGAGAGGGGUGGAGGUUGGACGGGAGACGUUACUCUUCGAAGUUCAAACGGAGGAGUCUGACAUUAAGGGAGCUCGCAAGCUGGCUCGCACCUCACAAUAUAGAUUCUGGGACAAAGCCGCAGCAAUUGCAGAUCCCGAAUCCAUCUCAACCACCAACCGCUGGAAUCUCUGCACCGUGACGCAAGUCGAGGAAUUCAAGUCCUUCCUAAGAAUCCUCCCUGUGUGGGCAUCCACCAUCGCGCUCUCCAUCUCCUUCGCCCAGACCUCCACCUUCUUCGUCAGCCAAGCAUUCAUCAUGGACCGCCGGCUCGGCCCCAGCUUCAAGGUCCCUGCCGCCUCCGUCCCCAUCUUCGCCGCCAUCAAUGCCGUCUUCCUUGUCCCACUCUAUGAGAAGCUGAUUGUGCCGGCCCUGCGCCAGCACACCGGCCACUACCGCGGCAUCACAUCGCUCCAGAGGAUGGGGGUCGGCCUCUUCCUCUCGAUCUUUGCAAUGGCCUCGGCCGCGCUGGUCGAGAGGAGGAGGCGGGACCGCUCGCCAGCCCCGUUUAGCAUGAGCUUCUUCUGGCUCUUCCCGCAGUUCUUCCUCAUCGGUGGAGCCGAGGUGUUCACCUAUGUGGGCCAGCUUGAGUUCUUCUAUGACGAAGCCACUGACGGGACACGGAGCAUCAGCAGCGCAAUCUUCCUGAGCGAGAUCGGAAUCGGGAGCUGGCUCAGCACCGCAAUCGUCAAGAUCAUCGAGAGGGCGACUGGAGGGACGGAGAAAGGGUGGCUGAGGAAUGAUCUGAAUAAGAGCAAGCUCGAUUACUUCUAUUGGGUGUUGACGGCGAUCAAUGUGGUUAAUUUCGUGGUGUAUGUGGCUGUGGCUUGGCACUACAAGGGCAAGAGGGCUGCUGGUGCCGGUGUGAGGGAUGAGAGUAUGGCUGAAUUGGAUGGUCCUCAUCCUGAGCUUAAACGAGGAUCAUCCUGA